UUUUGUUCUUCAUUCAUAGCAAAACGAUGCGUGCAUGCGGCCGAAAUCAAUCGUUCCUUUGCUUCCUUUGAUUCCCGUAAAACUUCCAAACAGAUGCUGAACAUGGAUUAUAACACGUCGGUUACUCCCGGUUUUUGCGCGGAUUGCGGUUCCAUACUUCCAUUGAUGAGAAUGACCGGAACGGUACACUGUUACAAUUGCCACAAAGUGUACAAUGAAGGAGCUUUUGGAACCAUGGAAGUGGCUUACACGAUACAUUUCAAUUCGUACGAGAACAAAAAAGCGGGCCAACAACAAGAUAGACAGAAAGCGGAUGCCGCAGAUGGCCCCAUUGUGUCUCGGAAGUGUCCCAAAUGCGGCAACGACAAAAUGUCCUAUGCUACCCUCCAGUUAAGAUCGGCCGAUGAAGGACAGACCGUAUUCUUCACCUGUACCAAGUGCCAGUUCAAAGAAGCGGAAAAUUCGUAGAAUAGCGUAGUAUAGGAAGCAAAUGUAGAUCAAUGCCUUUCAUGAUGGUAAAGUGUUUCUGUUUUUACUUAAAA